AUGGCUUUUCCUCAGAAGGAUCCACAACGCUCACCUGAUCAACUCCUUCAGACCCACAGUGAGACCCAGGGCCUGGAGGUUGCACAGGGGUCCAAGGCUCUAGAGGUGGCCUGUCUCUCCUCCCAUCCUGAAAUGCCUGGCAAUCUGAAGGAGGCUCUUGAUGCUGCUAUCCCUGGCACUUCUCAGAGUGCUCAGAGUUCCUCCUCAAUUGUCACCACAGUCUCAUCAUCAAGAAAAUAUGGUGAGGGCUCUAGUAGCAAAGAGGAGGAGGAUAGCACCUUAGAGGCACAUCCAGACCCCAAGAAGGUGCUCAUGGAUGCUAUAAAUGAAAAUGCGGCUUCAUUGGUGAAUUACCUCCUAUUGAAGUAUCAAAUAAAAGAGAUAACAUCCCUAAAAGAUAUGUUGAAGGUUAUCGACAACGAGUAUGCAGACCACUUAAUUGAGAUGUUCCGGAGAGCACGUGAACGCGUGGAGAUAACCUUUGGCCUUAAAGUGAAGGAAGUGGAUCCCUACAACCACUGCUAUAUCGUCGUCAUCAAUCUGGGCCUCACCUAUGAUGGGAUGCAGCAUGGUGAAGUCGGUGUGCCUAAGACUGGUAUCCUGAUACUCACCCUGGGUGCGAUCUUCAUGAAGGGCAACCGUGCCACCGAACAGGAAAUCUGGGAUGUUCUGAGUGUGAUGGGGUUAUAUUCUGGGCAGAAGCACUAUAUCUUUGGAGAGCCCAGGGAGCUCAUCACCAAAUAUUUCGUGGAGGAGCAAUACCUGAAGUACCAGAAGGUGGCCAACAGUGAUCCUGCACAAUUUGAAUUUCUGUGGGGCCCAAGAGCCCACGCUGAAACCACCAAGAUGCAAGUCCUAGAAUUCAUGGCCAAGGUUCAUGGGACUCUCCCACCUUCUUUCCCAUCUCAGUAUGAAGAAGCAUUGCGAGAUGAAGAAAAGAGAGCCCGAGAAAAAAUUUGGGCCAUGGAUCUCGACUUCUAUGGCCCCUCCCAUUUCUAA